AUGCCAACUACGGCGAACGGAGAUCGUGAAAGGCGCAAGGCAAGAUCACCAUCCAGCAACGAAUCUGGACUGUAUGAGACUCUGCAUCGAUUCUGGCAACGAAGCUCGUAUGCAGGCGACUAUUUCGGACUGCUCGUAUUGGUAGUCGCAUACACUCUGGUCAAGAUCACUUCCGAGCCCUUCCACAGCCAAUUCCGCCUAGAUGAUGCUCGAAUAUCGCAUCCUCAUGCGGAGGUAGAAAGAGUGCCAGUCCUCUGGCUCUUCGUCUACGCCGGCAUCGUCCCUCUAGCACUCAUAGUAGCUUGGGCUGCUUUCGCCCGUCUGUCGCUCCACAAAGCUCACGUCACCAUCCUCGGCCUUGUAAUCUCCAUCCUCGCAACAAUAUUCUUAACGGAUAUCUUCAAAGACGCAAUAGGCCGUCCUAGACCCGAUCUCAUUGCACGAUGCAAGCCCGAAGCUUCUGCUCCUCAUGAAAAGCUCGUGACGGUGGACGUAUGCACGGAAACGAGACGUCAUGUUCUACAAGAUGGGUGGCGGUCAUAUCCAAGCGGACAUAGUAGCUUUGCCUUCUCCGGUUUGGGGUGGCUGGCUCUGCUCUUAGCUAGCCAGACACAUGUUUUGAGACCGAGAGCGAGUCUUGGAGUUGUGCUGAUAUGCAUGCUUCCUCUGCUAGGAGCCUGUUUGAUCGCGAUAAGUCGGUUGGAAGAUUAUAGGCACGACGUUUUUGAUGUAGUGUCCGGGUCACUGCUGGGAUUCCUGGUGGCUCUCUUGAAUUGGAGGAGAUACUAUCCAUCGUUGCUUGAGGAUGGUUGCGAUGAGCCAUACAGCACCACGUCAUCAGGUGGAAACAGUCCUGCUGGAUAUUUACGAGCAAGAGACGAGGAAGAAGGGUAUGCUAAUGACAGAUUGAAUGCUGUAGAUGAUCGAUAA